AUGGUCAACAUCAUAGCGUCCUUGUGCCAUCUUGCACGGGAUCCUCUGUAUGAGCAUGAGCGACUCUACCAGAUCUUACCGGCAGCGAAUGAGGCAUAUAAUCAACCUCUAGGCAACAUGAUUGAGGACUGGCACGACGGCAGUCCUUCAUAUCGAGGAUAUUCGUCCAAAGCUGUGAGAAUUGACACUUGAACGGAAUUGCUUUGAGGUACUAUCUCACAUAUCCAGCCAUCCAGUCCUCGAUGAAAAGGUCUCAUGCGCGGACUAUCGAAAGGAAACCACCCAGCUGCUUGCAAAGCACUUGAGUACAGAGAAGGCGGUCUAAUUUGAUCUUCCGGGUAAAUUGUCCUAUUGUGUUCUCGAGAAGUAAAACAGUCUAAUAAACAAUUAUCAGCAUCGAGUUCACAUAACCUUUGAGAAGGGAAUCACCUUAGACUUCAAGAGUCCCACGAAUAAUGAAGGCCCAGCCAUUAUUGCCUAUUCUGGUAAUUUUUAAUGCCCGUACCCUAUAUUAUAUAGCUCAAUCAUACCUCAGAUCACACAUUGGAGAGUGGAUUGACCGCUAUAAACGCCUACCUCGCCGAUGAAGACAAGAAAAAUAUUUGUUCAGAGAAUUCAGGAUACGACUAG